AUGGACACUGAAGAACUUGACGUCCUCAUCAUCGGGGCAGGCCCGACAGGCCUGACCCUGGCGCUCGAGCUGGCUCUGCAACAGCACGGGCAGCAGCGGCAGCGGGUCAAGUUCCGCAUCAUCGACCGCGAGCCGGAGCCGUCUCCAUACAGCCGCGCCCUGGUCGUGCAACCGCGAACACUGGAGCUCCUUGCGCGGUAUGGUUUUGACGAUUUGCUGUCGCGCAUGCUGGACAGGGGCAGGGCGGUCACAGGCAUGACUUGGAGCUUCACCCCGACCCGCGAGGCCCGGUUUCAGUUCAGCGACAUGGGGUCGGACGACACCGAGUUCCCGUUGUCUUUCAACGUGUCGCAGACCGAGACGGAGAGAUUCCUGUUGUCCUGUCUGGAAAUUGCGCUAGGUGUGGACGGUAGCCGUGUGCCUGUGGUGGAGAGGGGGGUCGAGGCAGAGUCGGUGGUGCAGGAUGCCGACGGGGCGACGGUCACUCUGGUGAAAAGAGAUGGCGGAGAUGACCCAGGGACAAAGGAGACUGUCCGGUGCAAGUACGUGAUCGGGGCGGACGGGGCCCGCAGUAUCGUCCGCAAGGCUAGCACGACCAUCACAUUUGACGGCAAGACGUACCCUCACGACUUCAUCAUCUGCGACGCUUACCUGUCUGAUACACAUCUGCCCCUGGACCGCAUCAACAUCAACGUCCAUGGUCCCUUCGUCGGCAUCUUCCCCGUGGGCGGCGACAUUGUCCGCAUAGCCAGCAUGCGCGAGCCCGGGGCCGAGCUGACGGGCCUGCCGGCUCUGGAAGAAUUCCAGUAUAUCCUGACCAACAGGGCCGGCCGCGCAGCCGCCAUGGGCCGUCUGCAUGACCCGAUCUGGAUGACCAACUUCCGGAUCCACUGCCGGUGUGCGAGUCGAUACCGAGAUGGGCGGCUGUUCAUAGCCGGAGACGCAGCCCACAUUCAUUCUCCGGUGGGUGGGCAGGGCAUGAACGCAGGUCUGCAGGAUGCCAUCAACCUGGGAUGGAAACUAUCAGCCGUCUUGCGUGGAGCCGCCGACGAGUCUCUGCUGGACACAUACGAGGAGGAGCGACGCCCAAUCGGCCUCGAGCUGCUACGUACCACGGAUAACAUGUUUCGAUUUUUCGCUACUACGAACCGCUUUCUCAUAUGGCUGCGUGCUCUGAUCGGCCCCUGGCUCCCACCACUACUGGUCGGGACCCAAGCGCGGCGCCGGCGCUUCUUCAAGUGGAUAACGAUGCUCAGCAUCUCGUACCGCGGGAGCAGCAGCAUCGUCGCGACCGCCACCGGGUUCAAGGGUCCCGUCAUGGGCGGAGACCGCGCUCCCGACGGCAAGCUCCUCGUCUCCCCCGCCAUCGCCGCCACCGCCGAAACGACCACCACCACCACCACCAACCUCCACCGUCUCAUUGCUGGGGUCAGGCAUCAUCUCGUGCUGUUCGCCGGCGACACCGCGACCGAGGACGACUUGAUACAAUUUGCUGCCAAGGUCGUUGCCCGCGAAAACGAGAUACCGGUGGUCAUGAUCUUUCCGGGUGACGAGGGCUCCCUGGUGCCCAAGAAUGCAUAUCGUGACCCUGAGUCGGUGCUGCACAAGAGGUAUGGAUUGGGAUCGAAAGCGGGCUAUGUGUUGGUGCGGCCCGAUCAAUACGUUGCUCACAUUGGUUAUAUCUCCAGCGUGGAAGAGCUAGUGGCUUCCCUUGGUUGA